CUCUGACUUGCCGGUUCAUAUCCAAGUAGAAAGACAACUAAACAAUGCUUUCAGAUGCAGAUGUGGAAGUGCUUGAGGCUGUCGCAAAAGAUGGCACAAUGGAUUACGAGAAAUGGCCUGGCCUCCUAGAACUUUUCCUUGAUCAAUUACACCAUAUUAUCCGCCAUGAGUUCCCGAUUCCAAGAUUCCGCUCCAAUUCUUUCGAGACGAUUACAACGAUUCCCAUUCAUUCCACCUACGCGUCGCAAGACCCAAGUUCACAAUCAAACAGCAACAAAGAAAAUGCACCCCCUUCACAGUUUCAGUCGCCGCCUCGUCGGCCACCGGUUCCUCCUUUCUCCCCUCCUGCCACUAGCAUGCGGAUUCCUGAUUCGCAGUCCCAGUCCAGCCCUUCGGAAACCGACUUACCCCAUCCCCUCCAAUUCCUACUUUCUUCAAUUGAAUCAACUCUAAGACAAAGUUUUUCCUCGAAACCACCACAUACAAUCCAGCGCCUUGCGGAACUCCUUCUGCGGCCUUCGCGGCACUACCGAACACUCCCUGCCUACCUUCGGGCCGUAGACAGAGUAGUAUCGGUGUCUAGCGGAGCGGAUAUAUUUCCACUUCCGGUUGCUGUUCCCCCUGGUGUAAUAAUCGACAGCGCACUUGCGAAUGGACUUAACGGCACGACGACAAGUCUUUCUCUAUUCAAUGACAGUUCUUUGGGAAGCGACGAAUCCUUGGGCGGUGCGCUCCUUACUCCAAUCCCGUGGCUUAGCAAUCCCACCUCACCUCCCGCCAGCGAGGAUGUUCUUACCCAGCCGAGUUCUAGUGACGAUUCGAUAGGCGCGGGUACCUCUGCCCCAAGCGAGCCUAGUUCUCAGGAACAGUACUUAUCCCCGGAGACAGAAGGACCCAACACCACGGGAAUUCAAGAGGUUCCUGAAGAUGAAAUGAUUCCGCAUGCUCGCGGGCCUUCUACUAUAGGCGUGGAGGACAUGGGACUACAAGAUGGAAAAGACGUGCAGAUGACUCUCACAAUAGACGAAUCGGAAGUCACGGUAGCGCAAGACUCUCAAGCAACUUCUGAAGAAAGUGAAAGCAAGGAAGAUCCAUCUACUGGCCUUGAAGAAGAUGGUGAUGGAGAGAUUGUUAUCGAUGAUAUCCCUCCCAGUUCAAUGACCCAAAAUGAUACUCCAAAUGAUACAACCUCCAGUGAAGCAAAUACGGCUGAACCUCGGGCAGGAGGUCGUGCCGAGAAUAAUACCGAUGAGACAGCUCAUGACAUUACUAAGUAAAUGAGAUGAAUUGGCGAACCGGUUUCUGCAUUCAUUGCAAGUGUGUCAUGUAUACUCGGCGUUGGCUCCUCUUUUCUAGUAUGUUUUUGUUUUUGUUUUGUCAUAGGUAGCUGGAGGGUGGAGUGGUACGGAGUAUCUGGAGUAACGAAUGUGCGUGGGCAAUCAGACUGGUUAGUAGGUUUAAUUUUUAAGGUUGAAAGUAG